AUGACUCUUCCUGAAUCGCCGCCUUGCUCAAGCCGAUCAGGUCCACCCGUUUCAGGAGUUUCAUCGAUCCUAGAGGCGCCUGUCGCACUGCCCAAAGAUUCAGGUUCGUUCCCCAAAGAUCUUGUACUCGUCGUCAUCGAAAAGAUAUACGUACGACGGGACAGCUUCGAUCACCUGGACUUUUGGAGCGAAUCAGAAGAAAGCCUGCGAAUGCAGCUGGAUCAGGAGAUAGACCUAUGUUUCCGGCAUCGGCGAGGCUCGCGGCAGCCUCACGACUACCUUCUACAACUCACAUAUGCUGGUACCAAAAAGGAAGAGCUGCGUCCCUCAAUUGUCAUCACAACAUCCAGUCCAAAGACGAGGAAGCUGAUCAAAAAACGUCUCGCAUCCGAACAAGUGCAGUGCAUCUUGCAAAGGCUGAGGCGCGAUCUUUGGGUACUGGUCGACUCUAGCAAACGCGCCGGGGGGGCUGACACACAAGCCUGGCCCAGCGAUGAUUUGCGUAUCUGGCUCCGUUACCAUGUACCUGGACCCUCAUUUUGCGGCUCAAAGAUUGAGCUCGUGCAGAGAGGGGCGCAAGUGUCAGCGUGUGUCUUUGGAGGCACAAUUCUCAUAGGGGACAGAUUAUUCGGGCUUACCGCGUCGCAUCCAUUUCCGCAAAUUAACCCUGAUUUGGCCAAUGAGUCCAAGCAGGGUGGAAGCUUAGAUGAGGAUGAAGACGAGGCCGAGGACGACACCGCAAGUGAAGACGAAGGUCCAUUUUAUAUCCCAUGGAACACGAAUGGCAACGACGGAUACGAAGACUCUGUAGACCCUGAGAUGGCGAGAGAAGUUGUCCUCGACGCUUCAGAUGAAGAUAUGUGGAUCUCUGGCAACUCGCCUCCCAAGAGCUCCAAGAACCGAGGUCGCUCUUUCCAGGCUUCGUCCCAGUCACGCAAGUUUCCCGUUGGGUCAUGCCUCUUAUGCGAUAGCAAUGACAUUCGUUCCGACGUAUGA